AUGCCGUCUGUUGGGAGCUUUUCUUUUCUUCAUGGUGUGGUGGCACCGCCGGCCCCCGCAGCCCCGACCCGCUGCCUCCUGCUGCUGCUCGUCUGUCUGCAGCUGGGCCGAGUCCAGGCCGGGGGCCCCGUCCAGACCGGGAGCCCCGUCCAGGCCGGGGGCCCCGUCCAGACCCGGGAGCCCCGUCCAGACCGGGGGGCCCCGUCCAGGCCGGGGGCCCCGUCCAGACCGGGAGCCCCCGUCCAGGCCGGGGGCCGAGUCCAGGCCGGGGGCUCCGUCCAGACCGGGGGCCACGUCCAGGCCGGGGGUCCCGUCCAGACCGGGGGCCCUGUCCAGACCGCCGGGGGCCCCGUCCAGGCCAGGAUCCCCCCCUGUCUGGUUGCCUCUGACAUCUUCAGCUGCACGGCGGCGGGCCUGCAGCGGGUCCCGGUUCAGAUCCCGGUCUCUUCCGUCACUCUGGACCUCAGCUACAACCAGCUGGUGCGGCUGGAGGGGGGCGACUUCACCGGACUCUCUCGGUUGGAGACGUUACGCUUGGCUCACAACCAGCUGACCUCCGUCCAGCCGGGGGCCUUUAGAAACGCCUCCGGAGCCCUGCUCAAACACCUGGACCUGUCGUCCAAUCAGCUUCAUGUUCUGGAGCAGCAUUACUUCCUGGAGCUGCCGGGAUUGGAGGAGCUGCUGCUGUUCAACAACCGCAUCGUCCACGUGGAGAGCAGAGUGGUGUCGGGGCUGGGGGGGCUCCGCAGGGCCUACUUCAGCCACAACCGCCUCACUGACUUCCUCUUCACCAUCCAGCAGCAGACUCACCCUCACCUGUGCAUGCUGGACCUGUCCUCCAACCGGCUGCCCAAACUGCCCCUGGAUGACAUCACCAACCUGCCCAUCACGGUGCAGAAGGGUCUGUACCUGCACAACAACUCUCUGGUGUGCGAGUGCUCCAUGUUCGCUCUGUUUCGGUUCUGGGAGCAGCGCGGCUUCUCCUCCGUCAGAGACUUCAGAGCGGAGCACACCUGCCUGCUGUUCGGCAUCCAGAGAGGAACCGUUCGCUUCUUCCAGCACGAGCGAGUCUUUGAGAAGUGUGACGUGUCGUCGCUGCGUGGGGCGCAGGAGAGCAGCGUGUCGGUGAGAGCGGGGCAGACGCUGCUGCUCCACUGCGUCACCGUGCUCGCCGGGCGCCACCUCACCUUCCUCUGGGUGGCGCCCAAUCAGGAGUACGUGGCGCCGCCGGGGAACAACGGAUCGCUGAAGAUGUUCUCCAACGGCAGCUUGGAGAUCGUGGCGGCGCGCGCAGAGGAUUCUGGGAUCUACUGGUGCAUGGCGCUGGACUCCAAGCUGCAGCGCAACGAGACGCAGGAAGUGAACGUGACGGUGCUGCUGCAUGCCGACGACGACCUCACAGAGCAGUUCAACACCGGCUUCACCACCCUGCUGGGCUGCGUGGUCAGCCUGCUGCUGGUCCUCAUGUACCUGUACCUGACGCCCUGCCGCUGCCCCCUUGCCCCCAGGGCCGCGCCCCCCACCCCUGCCACCCCCAUCCAGGGGAACGAGGCGGGGGCGGGCAGCGGCCAGUCCUCCAUCCUCACCCCCACCCCGCCGGCCACCACCGAGGGGCCCGGCCGCAAGGUCAGUACCAACAAGCAUGUGGUGUUUCUGGAGCCAAUCAGAGAGCAGCAGAACGGCAGGCUGGGGGCGGGGCCUGGGGGGGGGCACCUGGGGUUACUGCUAGGGCCGGUGCAGCACCCCAAGCUGCGGCGGGCGGGGGAGACGGACCUCCAUCGUGUCCGUGUUCUCAGACACGCCCAUCAUGUUGCCGUAGCGACAGGACACAGACCGGCAACACCUUCACCUGUCACUCACCUCCUCACCUCACCUGCACCUGCACACACCUGAGCAGCACCGGGUACAAACACUGUUAACCAAAACAUUACCGACACCACAGCCA